AUGCUUACUCAGGAGAAACUCGCCCAGGAGUUUGUGAAUGCAAUUAACCUUGAAUUGCAGUGUGACAACAUCCUCACAGACUCCUACCUUUCGAAAUACUCUCCCAAGAAGCUUGCCUCUUUUGGGCUUGCUAUAGUGAACUUGACCAUGACCAACAUGAGAUCAGGCAUUGGCGGAAAAUCGCUUAUUGAACUCAGUUUGGAUCCUGCUGUGUCUCAGCCAGAUGAAGAGAUCAAGUCUGGUUCGCUUAGAGUGGGUGAUAUUGUUCAAUUGGAUAAGAUGAAGAGUGCCACUGCUAAGGACUCAGAUAAGGAAUCUACGUCAUUGGAGGGUGUUGUUACGAGACUUUCCUCUUCGGCCGUUACGGUAUCUGUAGAAGAAGACACUUCAGACGAUAACUUGCUCAAUUUGUAUAACAACACUGGAAAUGACCAUUCCAGGAUGUGGAUUGUCAAGUUGACUAACUAUAUUACUUAUAAGCGUAUGCUUCAGGCGAUGAAGAGACUUGAGACGCUUAGUGAAGGUAACAAGAACGAUGUGUUGAGGAUAUUGUUAGGUGAAGCUUCGUUUGUUCCAAGAAAGGCUCCCAAGACCAGAACUCUGUUCUUUGAUAAGCUGCUUAAUGAUUCCCAAAAGAAGGCUAUCGAUUUUGCUAUUCAUACUUCACCUGUGACCAUUGUUCAUGGACCUCCAGGAACCGGUAAAACAUAUACACUAAUUGAGUUGAUCAAACAGUUGACGUUCAAUCAUGGUGAACGAGUGUUGGUCUGCGGUGCAUCAAAUAUAUCAGUGGAUAAUAUUCUUGAGAGGUUAUCGCCUGUUUUUACUACUGAAGAGGAUACUAGCGGCAAAAAAAGUCGCCGAAAGGCUUCCAAAACAUCCCUUAACAAUGAGCAUCUUAUUCGUAUAGGUCAUCCAGCAAGACUUCUAGAGGCAAACCAUAAGCAUUCUUUGGAUGUUCUUUCCAAAUCCCUGGCGCUGUCGGGAAGUGAAGCUGGAGAGCAAAGAGCAAUCUUACGUGAUGUUGAAAAGGAUAUCUCUUCAACCCUUUCCCAAAUCAAAAAGUCUAAGAGGUAUGGUGAACGCAAAGCUCUUUGGGGAGAAGUGAAAAGUUUACGUAAAGAGCUCAGGACAAGAGAACAGAAAAUUGUCCUGGACUUGCUUCGAAAUGCUAGAGUCAUCCUUUCUACAUUACAUGGUGCUGGAUCUAACGAACUCUUCCAUAUAUACAAAAGCGGCGAAUUCAAUAUGGAAAAUCCGUUCUUUGAUACUAUAGUGAUUGACGAGGUUUCUCAAUCUCUCGAGCCACAAUGUUGGAUCGCUUUGGCUACACAUCUUGGCUUCAAACGACUUGUGAUUGCAGGUGACAACUUACAGCUUCCAGCUACUGUAAAGUCCAAAGAGGAAGCAGAAAAACUCAGAAAAUCCAAGAAGGAAGAGCCCUUAGCGGAUCUAGAAUUCACCCUCUUCGACCGUUUAAUGGAGUAUCAUGGCGGUGCAGACUACAAGAAGUUACUCGAUGUUCAGUACAGAAUGAACACAGAAAUCAUGGAGUUCCCCUCAGAAACGCUUUACGACGGGCAGCUCAAAGCAGCUGACUCUGUCAAAGACAUUAUUCUCUGCGACCUUGAUGACGUUGAAGAAACAGAAGACACUCAAAUCCCAUGCAUAUGGUACGAUACGCAAGGUGGGGACUUCCCUGAAAGAGUGGAGGACGACGAUGGUAAAAGCGUAUUGGCAAGUACAGGCUCCAAGUACAACGAUAUGGAGGCCAGUGUUGCAGUGCAGCACAUAGCCAAGUUGAUCGAGGCAGGAGUCAAGCCAGAAGAGAUAGGAGUGAUUUCGCCGUACAGUGCCCAAGUGGCAGUGUUGAAAAAGGCUAUACAGAAGGAGCUACAGUCGCCAGGAGUAGAAGUCUCGACCAUUGACGGAUUUCAAGGCCGAGAGAAGGAGGCUAUAGUGGUUUCACUAGUGAGAUCCAACGACGAGCGAGAGAUCGGCUUUCUCAGCGAUAGGAGAAGGCUUAAUGUGGCGAUGACAAGACCUAAAAGGCAGCUCUGCGUUAUAGGAGACAUGGAAACUCUAGAACGCAGCAAAGACAAGUUCCUCUGUGCAUGGGUGAAGUACGUUGAAGAGAAGUACGAAGUUAGGUACAUCGAUGCCGUGGGGCUCUAG